GCGACGUUUAGUAGUCGUAGUCACGUGCCCCGUGUGUACCGCUGCCGCCCGCAGUCCGACGACGGUGUCGCAACGAUAUCGUUGUUAUUAUUAUUAUUAUUAUUAUUAUUAUUAUAUUUUCACGGAACUUGCGCGAGAGGCACUUGGUCGCCACUCGGCUGCGGAUACUUAUAACCGGUACAACAGACUUUUGAGUUGAUUGGAAAAUAAAAAAAAAAAAUUAAAAAAAAAAUUAAAUUAAUCCGUUAGACUCUUUCUCGGCCCCGCUGGUCGGUGGCGCGCGCGCCCGCGCUACAGUCGCCCGUCAACCCGACGACGACGACUUUCGAGCCGGAUCUGCUACCGUAAGUGUAGUCUACACGUCCGUCAAAACGGAAGCGACGACACCGCCAGUUAUGGAGUCACGUCUGCAGCGGUCGACGUCCCGGUAUCACGGUUGCCGUCGCGCCGCCGUCGGCGCUUUCCCGACGACGUCCGCGCUCGUCGCCGUCUUCUUUUCUCUGGUCGUCUUGCAGAUCGUGUCCAACACAGAUCAAGCGACGAUGAAGCUGAACGUCGUGCGAGUGGUCAGAGUGGACGUGCCGCCGGUGGUGCGGUCGUACGACGCCAAGCCCGACCCGUCGGCCACCGGCGCGCCCGCGCCGCCGCUGCUGUUGAGCUGCGUUUACGCGUUGGAGGGCGGCGAGACCAAGGCCGACGCGAUGGCGGCCACCGGACGCCCGCUGCGGCCGGCCAACGGCACCGUGGCGGCCGCCAGCAACGGCCGCCACCGGCGGUCGUCGUCGUCGGCGGCACAGGACCUGGCCAUGGACGCGGCCAUGGAGGAGUUGCAGCGGCAACGCGGCCUGGUGGUCAAGUGGUACUUCCGGCGGAACCCCGUGCAGGCGUCGGCCGUGGACGCGAUGGACAUCAUCGACGACAACGUGCAGGUGUACCAGUGGAUCGCCGGCGGCGGGCCCGAGGCGAGCGGCGGGCUCGGUCCGCUCAGGGGUCGCAUGGUCGACGUCACAGCGGAAACGCCGCGCACCGACCGGGCGUUCCUGCACCGGGUCAUCCGGGUCGAGCGGCCCACCGCCGAGCUCACCGGCGAGUACAUGUGCCGAGUGGAGGACUGGAACUCCGAAAACCGAUCCGACUGGUACCCCAUGGUCGUGUACACACCGGAACGAAUUUUCAAAAUAUCCGUCGACGAUAACGACGACGACGACGAUGACGAUAUCUCUGAGGGCAGCGGUGGCGAUGUGAAUUUCACGACAUUAGCGCCGCUGUCAAGCAGCAGCGCCGCACCGACUAACCCGAAAAAGUGGCCGACCGAAAUCAACAUCACAUGUUACGCCGCCGGCAUGCAUCCCGAGCCGUCCAUGAGCAUUUGGGUGAACGGAGUGUCAUUGGAUUCCGUCACGUCGGUGGUCACGGUGGACGACGGGGACGACGACGAGAGCAACGACGGUUCUGCCAACGCCACGAUGACGUCAUCGACCACCACGACCACGACCACGACCACGACCACCGCCAAGCCGAAGUUGGCGAACAGGAACAAACGGUACAGGGGCAACUGGGGCGGCGACGGGGACGGGGAGUACAAAAAGUACGCGGUGCGCGCCACCAGCGUGGUGUCGCUCAAGGACGCCGAGGAGUACCGGAACAGCAAGCCGCACAACCAGCACAACCGCCGCCGGAACACCGUGGACGUGGAGUGCCGGUUGCGCGUGCCCGGCGACGGUGCCGGAAACGGACACUGGAAAGCCGACCGGCCGGCCGGCCGGUACUACGCCGCCCGCAAGUCGGUGGCCUACAAGUACCGCAACGACCUUCCGCCGCUCGGCGACACGAUGGCGGCCGUGUCCUCCGCGUCAUCGAUGGCCGAAGACGAAGACGGCGGCGGCGACCGCCGCGUGGACGGCGCCCCGAAAGCUCAGGACGCCGAAUCCGCGGCCACCACCAGUGCGGCCGCCGCGUCCUUCUCGGUCGUGGUCACCGCGGCCGCGGCCGCGGUCGCCACCGCCCGACGUUGAGACGCGCACUUGCGGAGUUUUCGCGCCCAUUCCGCAGCCGUCGCCUCCACCACCACCACCCACACCGCCCACGCCACAGCCUCCAUCGCCCCCUCUCUCCUCCACCGCCGUCGUCGUACGGCGCGUUAGUGAAAGCAUAAUAAUAAUAAUAUUAUUACGAUAUUCAGCAACGAUAAUAUUAUAAUAUAACAUAAUACCUACGAAGUAACGCGCGUUUUUGUGGAGGUAACGAGAGCAAACCGUUUGCCGACGACCGUUUUCACCGAUACGGCUCGCGUGCGUUAUUUCGUUUCCGAGACAAUCCGAAAACGGUUUGUGGUAAUCGAAAAUGCGUCGGCGACGCCACACGCCGUCCAAAACUUCGGUCGGUGAUUAGGGCAAACGUUCGCUAGCGCAAAUGGUCUCGACGCGUACGAUAAUAAUAAUAAUAAUAAUUGUUAUCGUUGUCGCCGAUCCGAUUUUCUCAUAAGCCGCUUGCUCUCAGUACCUCCGCGAAAACGCGAUUAUCAUACGACGAGGCAAUGACGUACACAGCGCGACAUUCUCGUUACGCCCCGUCACCGAUCGACCAACUACCACUCUACCCUCCAACCACCCCCAAACCCAUUUCCCCGUUUCGGACCGACGAAAAGUCUCGUUCGACCGUGCACUCGCCUAAUCUAUAUAGGCAUUAAAAUAUUAUCGCCAUAUCGUUAACCGUCAAAACAUAGUAUUGUUGUUGUCCACGAAUUUUUCGUCCUCCCGACCCGGGCGAUGCUGGAAGUUUUCUUGCGAUCGCGUGGGUCCUUCAUACCACGUACAUCACGACCGGUCGGCUGCAAGUAGAGAUCCGAUGCCUGGGGCUUCCCCUCCGCGCCGUGCUGCUAGUCGUUUCUCGUGUCUGAGCGCAGCAGAGAGUGUGUCCGGGCGCGCUCAACCUCCUCUUCUGCAGCUCCGCGGAUACAUUCGUCCUGUUCUUUGUGCCCCGUUUUCCCUCCUAUAACGACCGCUCGGAUUUCGUAUAUAUUUAUGCGAGUUCCGCUCGUUUAAAUCGCAUAAACGCGAUUAUAAAUCACAACAAUAUCGUAAUAUAAUGAUUUUAGUAGUCCCAUAGAAAUAUUGUGUUCAUCGUUUCGUUUUCAUCGCAUCCGCUUUAGAGAGUCAAACGGUUAAUCAAAUCGAUUCUUCAGUGAAAAAAACCAAAUACAUUAUAGCUUUAUCGAAACUUAUUUUUCAUUCUUUCAAAUAACCACAAUACGUUAUAACAAUAUGGUAUGAUGGUUGAUAACGCGUAAAUGAUAAUAUUUAAAUUAAUUUAAACUAAAAACAUAUAAAACUGGCUUAUAUGAAAAACCGACUAAUAUUUUAAGUUGUGUUUUAUUCAGUAUCGAAACUCGCUGUGUAAUGUGAUCCAGGCCCAGUUUUAACGGAUGACAUCCAAAACGAUUUUUAUUGACCGCAAACAUAUUAUUACCACGUUUUAGGAGUAUUUAAUAAAUAAUUUGAAAAAAUAAA